GGAUCCGGAAGAACUCGCCUUUCCGCACGGAAGUCGGCUUUUUUGGAGUCAUAGGAGUGAGCCGCGCCGGGGCUGUGGUAAUAAGAUGGCGGGGAAGAAGAAUGUUCUGUCGUCUCUGGCAGUUUACGCGGAAGAUUCAGAGCCCGAGUCUGACGGCGAGGCUGGAGUCGAAGCGGCAGGCAACUCGGCUGAAGAGAAAGGCGGAUUGGUAUCUGAAGCCUAUGGAGAGGAUGAUUUUUCUCGCCUCGGGGGUGAUGAGGAUGGUUAUGAAGAAGAAGAAGAUGAGAACAGCAAACAGUCGGAAGAUGACGAUUCAGAGACUGAAAAACCUGAGGCUGAUGACCCAAAGGAUAACCCAGAAAUAGAAAAGCGAGAUCCCCAGGAAUUGGUUGCCUCCUUUUCUGAAAGAGUCCGGAACAUGUCACCCGAUGAAAUCAAGAUCCCGCCGGAGCCCCCUGGCAGGUGUUCAAAUCACUUACAAGACAAGAUCCAGAAGCUUUAUGAGCGGAAGAUAAAGGAGGGAAUGGAUAUGAACUAUAUUAUCCAAAGGAAGAAGGAAUUUCGGAACCCCAGCAUCUAUGAGAAGCUGAUCCAGUUUUGUGCAAUUGAUGAGCUCGGCACCAACUACCCAAAGGAUAUGUUUGACCCCCACGGCUGGUCUGAGGACUCCUACUAUGAGGCAUUAGCCAAAGCCCAGAAGAUUGAAAUGGACAAAUUGGAAAAGGCCAAAAAGGAGCGAACCAAAAUUGAGUUUGUGACAGGCACCAAGAAGGGCACCACGACCAACGCCACGGCCACCACCACCACCACAGCCAGCACAGCUGUUGCAGAUGCCCAGAAGAGAAAGAGCAAGUGGGACUCAGCUAUCCCGGUGACCACGAUAGCCCAGCCCACCAUCCUCACCACCACGGCGACGCUGCCAGCUGUGGUCACAGUGACCACCAGUGCCAGUGGCUCCAAGACCACCGUUAUCUCUGCCGUGGGCACCAUUGUGAAGAAGGCCAAGCAGUGACCUGAGGGACCAGCUUGGGGUGGCUCGGACAUUUUCCCUUCUGUUGGGAGGAGCCACUCUGGGACUUGACAGGACUGUGCAGCCCGGUGACCAGUGCCCACUGGGAGGUGCCGCUUUGUAUAUUUCAGGACUGGGACCUGCUCCCUCGAUGCCACCCCAUGAGGAGUCCCCAUGUGGCAUUCCAGCCGGAAGAGACAUUGCUGCGGAGGAGUGGGGCACUGUGGACCGCGACCCACACCCCAUAGUCUCUGCCUCCGUAUUAAAAGCACCGUGUCCUCA